GAGAGAGAGAGAAAGAGAGAGAGAGAGAGAGUGUGUGUGUGUGUAUGUGUGAGAGAGAGAGAGAGAGAGAGAGAGAGAGAGUGUGUGUGUGUGUGUGUGUGUGUGUGUGUGGAGAUUACCAGCGUACAGAAUUCACUUCAGAGACUAACGGAUUACUGAGAAAGCAACAAAUGAGUAUAUUCUACAAUAAGGGACUCUUCAGCAUGUUGGUCAGUGGUCAGUGGUCAGUGGUCAGUGGGAUUUAAACUGGAUUUAUGGUUCUGAAGAGUGAAAGAAACCUUUCAUUUCAUCUGAAAGUGGAGAAGAAUCUCUAACGCUCCUCAGAUUUGCUGUGUGUGUGUGUGUGUGUGUGUGUGUGUGUGUGCGCGCACUGCUGGGUUCUCAGGAUGCUGAUUCCAGAUCUCUGAAUCUUUCUUCACUUCCUGAUCUCCAACACGAUGAGUAGCAACAGAACCACCAGGUACAGCAUUGUUUCUCCUGAUGAGGAAAGGCUGAAGAUCUCGACUCUCGGGCUUCACAACGGCCACAGCUCACCCGGGAGCGCCAUGAACAGCGCCAUAGCUAGCGUAGGUGGCUACAACAUUGAGAACAGCUACAAUGGAAAAAUCUCCACUAGAGGGCGGAGUCAAGUGCGGAGUCGUUUCGUUAAAAAGAAUGGCCAGUGUAACGUCCUUUUCAGCAACUUGGAGGACAAGCCGCAGCGCUACCUAGCUGAUAUCUUCACUACCUGUGUGGACAUCCGCUGGCGCUACCUGCUGCUCAUCUUCUGCUCAACGUUCAUGAUGUCAUGGCUGAUUUUUGGAUUGAUUUUCUACAGUGUGGCCCUUGCUCAUGGAGAUUUCGACCCUGAACGCCAUGUGCGGGGGCAAACCGGGCAACAGAAGGAGUGGAAGCCGUGUUUGCUCCACGUGGAGGGUUUUCUUGGCGCCUUCCUGUUUUCAAUCGAGACUCAAACGACGAUCGGAUAUGGCUGGCGCUGUGUCACCGAGGAGUGUCCAGUUGCCGUGGCAACAGUGGUGGUCCAGUCCAUUUUGGGAUGCAUCAUCGACUCGUUCAUGAUCGGUACUAUAAUGGCCAAGAUGGCACGCCCCAAAAAGCGGAACCAGACGCUGCUGUUCUCCCAAAACGCCGUUAUCGCUCUGCGCGACGGGAAGCUGUGCCUCAUGUGGCGUGUCGGAAAUCUACGGAAAAGCCACAUCGUCGAAGCUCAUGUCCGAGCGCAGAUGAUCAAACCCAGAGUGACGGAAGAGGGUGAGUUCAUCCCACUGGAGCAGAUGGACCUGAACGUCGGGUACGACGAAGGAACUGACCGUCUUUUCCUCGUCUCGCCUCUUAUAAUUGUCCACGAGAUCGAUGAAGACUCGCCGCUCUGGGCCAUGAGCCGCUCUGAUCUGGAGAACGAUGUCUUUGAGAUUGUCGUGAUUCUUGAGGGAAUGGUGGAAGCCACAGCCAUGACCACACAGGCACGAAGCUCCUACCUUUCCCAUGAGAUACUUUGGGGUCAUCGAUUUGAGCCGGUCGUGUAUGAAGAUCACGAUCGCUACCAAGUGGACUACGCUCGCUUCCACAAGACCUACGAAGUUCCCUCCACUCCUUCCUGCAGUGCUAAGGAGCUCAGUGACUUAGCGAGUAAUCAAACGUCCAAAGCGUCCUCACGGUCCGGGACGCCAAUCAGUCACAGGACCCAUUUCCUGCGUCCGCCCUGCUCGCCCAGUGCGUUCUGCUAUGAGAACGAAGUGGCUCUGUACUCGGGGGAAGAGGAGGAUGAGGAAGGGGUAAAUAAGAACAGAGUUGAGGAAGGUUUAACCUCACGAGAAACCGAUCUGACGCUGCUAACCACCACUGGCAUUCCCUCAGGAUUCCAGAAAAUGUUCCAGGAUACUCCAGCAGUGAAUUCUGGAGGCAAUAUCCUCUGCGUGCUGGACAUGGACAAUCAGAUGGAGUUUGAUAUUCUUCAGACGUCAGUUCCUCUUGAUCCUCUGACCUACAAGAGCGAGUCAGAGAUAUGACACUCGGGAUCAGAGGCGAUCGGAGGGAUGAGAAAGAUGAACUCAAAUGAGGUUGAUGAAGGACGUCGAUGAAGGGAAAGGGAAGGGAAGAGGAAAAGGGAAAAGGGAAAAGGGAUUGUAGCAUUGGCAUUUUUGCACAUUUUUCAGAGAUUUGGAUUUGUUAGAAAACAAACUGUAAAUAGAAACGUGAUCCAUGAGGACUGAUCUCACUGGGAGAAGAUGAGAUUAGAAACUCUAAAUAAAGACACGCCGUCAUUUUAGUCACUUAUCUGAACAGAGAUCAUGGAAAUAAACAUAAACAUCACCAAAGGAGGAAGUUCUCACAGGACAAGAACCAGAAUGAAACUAAACUGUAUAUCAGAGACAGAAAGAGUUCAUUUCAGACGCUACUGUAUCUAAUAAACACUCUGUAGAUUAGAGGAAUCCAGGCCUGGGGCGUCAAAACCACUCACAUGUGCCACAUACAGCAUGCUGAGCGCUAACACACUGUUUCAUUAAAUCAUAGCUCAAAUUAAAUUACAUUAAAUUAUUCAUCUGUUUGUAAAAACAUUCCAUUAUUUUCUCUCACCAGUCGCGGCUCAUGUGAACACCGGCCGCUGCCUUCCUUCUGUUCAUUAUUAACUCUAGUAAUAUAUCAAGACAUAUACUAUACUAUACUAUACUAUACUAUACUAUAACAUGCUAAAACUGAGCUAGCAUAUAAAACAUGCUGAAACUGAGCUAGCAAACAAAACGUGCUAAAACUGAGCUAGCACAGAAACAUGCUAAAACUGAGCUAGCAAAUAAAACAUGCUAAUGCUUAGAGCCUUGCACUAAACAUGUAAACUAGCUUUAUAGUGAAUAUAACAAAGUAUAAACAAAGUAAUAUUAUGCUAAAGUAGCUAACGACAAUGUAGCAUAACAGUAAGGAAGCUAAAAUACAGAUAAGAAUUCUACUGCAAGGGUUAGCAUUACACUAGCAAGCUAAAAGACAAACUAAUGUUCCAGAUGUUCUAACAUCUGUAUCUCUAACGUUACAGAAGUCACAUCCUGUUCAUGAAAAUGAAAACAUGUGACGAUGUGUGUGUUGACCUGCUUAAACAAGGUGUGUGAGUGUGUAUAUGUGUGCAUGUGUGUGUGUGUGUGUGUGUGUGUGUGUGUGUGACGCUCCUGGCUGGUACUGCUGUAGGUAUUAGAUAUCAGAGGGCUGUAUUUAUUUCUCAGUGAUUAUAUUAUGGGAUGUAGCUAUAAUAAGCAAUAUUUUGAGCACUCCUCAGAGAAUGACCUCUGUGGUCAGUUCUGCACUUUGAUUUGUCCACUUCAGGUGAAAUGUCUGAUUCUUUACUGAGACGAAGUGCAUGCACUGAGCUAGCUUCAUACAGAGUUCUCCUUCAGCUGCAGGGAAGAGCCACGGAACUGUGGAGACGGAGACGUGUACUGAACUGAUUUUCUACUGAUGCUAAAGAAAUGGCAUGAAGGUGUGUGUGUGUGUGUGUGUGUGUGUGUGUGUGUGUAGGCAUGUGCCAGUGUUACAUUUUUAAAUCACACUAAAUGCCCCACAUGUAAAAGGUUGUAAUAUCACCUGUUCUGAGAUAAUCAUCUGAAAUGUCCACAAUAUAAACUAAACACUGGCACACACCCUCUGUGUGUGUGCGUGUGUGUGCGUGUGUGUGUGUGUGUGUGUGUGUGUGUGUAAGACAAUGCAUGUUUUUGUUUUCUUUCAAAUGCAGUAAAAUGCAGCUAAUGUAAAUGCAGAUCAAAUCCAGGUCGUCUCAGGUCAGUGUGAACUCGUCUGAUCCCCAGUGGUACUGUGUGUGAGGUGGUGUGUGAGGUGGUGUUACUGUGUGAGGUGGUGUGUGAGGUAGUGUGUGAGGUGGUGUUACUGUGUGAGGUGGUGUGUGAGGUACUGUGUGAGGUGGUGUUACUGUGUGAGGUGGUGUUACUGUGUGAGGUGGUGUGUGAGGUGGUGUUACUGGGUGAGGUGGUGUGUGAGGUGGUGUUACUGUGUGAGGUGCUGUGUGAGGUGGUGUUACUGUGUGAGGUGGUGUUACUGUGUGAGGUGCUGUGUGAGGUGGUGUUACUGUGUGAGGUGGUGUUACUGUGUGAGGUGCUGUGUGAGGUGGUGUUACUGUGUGAGGUGGUGUUACUGUGAGGUGGUGUGUGAGGUGGUGUUACUGUGUGAGGUGGUGUGUGAGGUGGUGUUACUGUGUGAGGUGGUGUGUGAGGUGGUGUUACUGUGUGAGGUGGUGUGUGAGGUGGUGUUACUGUGUGAGGUGGUGUGUGAGGUGGUGUUACUGUGUGAGGUGGUGUGUGAGGUGGUGUUACUGUGUGAGGUGGUGUGUGAGGUGGUGUGUGAGGUGGUGUUACUGUGUGAGGUGGUGUUACUGUGUGAGGUGGUGUGUGAGGUGGUGUUACUGUGUGAGGUGGUGUGUGAGGUGGUGUUACUGUGUGAGGUGGUGUGUGAGGUGGUGUUACUGUGUGAGGUGGUGUUACUGUGUGAGGUGGUGUUACUGUGUGAGGUAGCUGGACACACUGCCCCAGGGUGAGAUGAUGAACAGCACUGGUCCUGUACUGGUUUAUUUCUUUGCUUGAUAUCUUUCUUGUAUUUUGUCGUCCUCCUGCUCGAGUUCUCCUGUUAGCAUGAUAAUUAACCUGAACUGUAACUCGAAGCCUCCUUCAGAUGCACUUUACUUCCUCCUGUACAACAUGGAAUAAAUAUUUAUAUAAUGAAAGACUGUGUAUUAAUCCACACUGCUGGACACACAGCUCACCUUCAUACACUGUAUACACCACACGAGCGGCCAGUCACAGCCUGUGUAACACCUCCCCCUGCUGGUCACUGAGUGUAAGUGCAGAUAGAGCCAGGUUAUACACAGGGGGUCAUACUGUCAGAUACUGAGAUACUGACCAGCUGAAUGUACUGAAUGGUCAUCACACACACACACACACACACACACACACACACACACAAUCUCUC